AUGUCGCUUGCAAUCUUCGGCGACCGCCAAAGUGGUCAGGACGUCCGCACUGCCAAUGCGGCAGCUGUCCAGUCGAUCGCCAACAUUCUGCGGUCGUCGCUCGGUCCCCAGGGCCUGGACAAGAUGCUGGUAGACGACAUCGGCGACAUGACGAUCACGAACGACGGCGCAACGAUUCUGAAGCAACUCGAGGUCCAGCAUCCUGCAGCCAAGGUCCUCGUCGAGCUCUCAGACCUGCAGGACAAGGAGGUUGGGGACGGAACCACCUCCGUCGUUCUCCUCGCCGCCGAGUUUCUGCGUGUGGGAAAUCAGCUGGUUAGGGAGGGCGUCCAUCCCACCGCCGUCAUUGCUGGCUUCAAGCUCGCUAUGAAGGAGAGCGUGAAGUACAUCCAGGAGCACCUGACCACUCGCAUCGACGCAAACAACAAGGAAGUCCUCCUCAACGUCGCGACGACGACAAUCAGCUCCAAGCUUAUAGGCGCGGAGACAUUCCACUUCGCCGACCUCGUUGUGCGCGCCAUUCUCUCCGUCAAGAUGAUCACAGAGCGCGGCGACAUCAAGUACCCCGUUAGCUCCAUCAACAUCAUCAAGACCCACGGGAAGUCCAUGCGCGAGUCCACGCUGGUUGAAGGCUACGCGCUGAAGGCCGGUCGCGCCGCUCAAGGCAUGCCACAGUGCGUGAAGAACGCAAAGAUCGCGCUUCUGGAUUUCAACCUGCGCCAGCACCGCAUGCAACUCGGCGUGCAGAUCCAAGUAGACAACCCCGAGGAGCUCGAAAAGAUUCGCCAGAAGGAGAAAGACAUCACGGCGGCGAAGAUACAGAAGAUCCUCGCCUCCGGAGCGAACGUCAUCCUGACGACGCAGGGCAUCGAUGACAUGGCCAUGAAGUACUUCGUGGAGGCGGGCGCGCUCGCCGUGCGUCGCGUCGACAGAAAGGAUCUGCGACGCAUCGCCAAAAUCACAGAAGGCAGCAUUGUGCUGACGAUGGCGACUCUGGACGGAGACGAGAAGUUCGACCCCGCGACCCUCGGCACGUGCGAAGAAGUCUACGAGGAGCGCAUCGGCGACUGGGAUCAUUUGCUCUUCAAAGGCUGCAAAGGCGGGAAGGCAGCAACCGUCAUUCUGCGGGGCGCGAACGAGUAUAUGCUUGACGAAGUCGACCGGUCUGUCCAUGACGCGCUGUGCGCGGUGUCGCGGGCGCUGGAGAACACGAAUGUCUGCCCCGGGGGAGGCGCCGUGGAGACUUCGCUUUCGGUCUACUUGGAAAACUUUGCGCGGACGCUGGGGUCGCGGGAGCAACUAGCCAUUGCCGCCUUCGCGGAGUCGCUGUUGAUCAUUCCGAAGACGCUCGCGGUAAACGCGGCGCUGGACGCGACGGAACUCGUCGCCCGCUUGCGCGCCGUCCACGCGAAGGCCCAGGGCCAGUUGCUCGGGGCGGAGGGGAACGGCGACGAGGAGCUCAAGUGGUACGGUCUCGACCUCGUGACGGGCAAGACGCGCAACAACAUGGCGGCGGGCGUCAUCGAGGCGACUGUGAGCAAAACGAAGGCGCUUCGCUUUGCGACGGAGGCCGCGGUCACGAUUCUCCGCAUCGACGACCUCAUUAAAAUCGCCCCGGAGCCCGAGCGGGAACGCGACGACUAG